AUGGCGAACAAACCUUCUGUCUUUCGGCUAGUGGCUUCGCGAUCACUCGUCACUGAAGAAAUUCUUGGAUACGACUAUCCCGGCAAAGGUAUACCCGAUGAACCUUAUGCCGUCGAUUUUAUCCCCGAGGAUCCCCGCAACCCUAUGCUGUUCAGCCAGCCAAUGAAAUGGUGGAUUACCGUAAUUAUGGCUUUCGGAACACUAGCUGUAUCCUUCGAGUCGGCCGUUAUGUCUGGCUCCAUUCAGCAGGUGGAGGUCAACUUGAAUGCAGGUACGGAGGUGUCCAUUCUUACAGUAUCGCUAUAUGUCCUUGGGUUCGCUAUUGGACCAAUGUCAUGGGCACCUUUAUCAGAGAUCUUCGGUCGCCAAGUAAUCUAUCUUAUUUCGUUUGGGCUGUGUACGAUUUUCGGGGCCUGCUCUAUCGCUUCGCAGAAUAUAACAACGUUACUUGUUUUGCGAUUCUUCGCCGGGUGCUGUGGUGCUUCUGCUGUCGUCAAUGCUGCCGCUGUGAUUGGGGAUAUUUUCUCUGCGCGGGAACGCGGGCUGGCGCUUAUUGUUUUCUGCUCUGCGCCUUUUAUGGGUCCAACCCUUGGUCCUAUCUGUGGUGGAUUCCUUAGCCAAGCGGCGGGUUGGCGAUGGGUGGAUGCUUUGGGGGUGAUAUUCUGUGCCGUGAUGUGGAUCGUUGGUGUUAUCUUUGUUCCUGAGACUUACGCGCCGUGUAUUCUUCAGCGACGUGCUGCGAAGUUGUCUAAAAUGACGACAAGCGUAUACAUGAGCAAGCUUGAAGUUGAAAGAGGGUCGAAGACUUUGAUGGAGGUGCUGAGGGUAGCUCUAGUACGACCUUGGAUGCUGCUUUUCUUUGAGCCAAUUGUUUUGUUACUGUCGAUUUAUACUGCGAUCGUAUAUGGCAUCUUGUACAUGCAAUUCGCAGCUUUCCCUAUCGUCUUCGAAAACUCGCGCCACUGGUCUCAGGGAAUAAGCGGACUAUCAUUUUUGGGUGUUCUAAUUGGCCAGAUCCUUGCAUUCUUCAUAUAUCUUGUCUUCGAUGGGCGAUACAAGAAAACUCUUACUCAAGCCGGAGGACGCCAUCCACCAGAAGAGCGCCUUUGGUCUGCCAUGCUUGGAGGAGUAUUGCUUCCAAUUGGUCUAUUUUGGUUUGCCUGGACAAUCUAUGAUAGUAUACAUUGGAUAGUACCGCUCAUCGGCACUGCCUUCUUCGGUAUUGGACAAGUUCUUCUUUUUAUCAGCUUGAUCAACUAUACCGUGGACGCAUAUACUGUAUUUGCGGCUUCCUCGCUUGCUGCCAAUGCUAUUUUGCGAGCCCUUUUUGGAUUCGCGUUGAUCUCACUCUUUAGUCCUAUGUUUACAACUCAGAUGUUCGAAAAUCUUGGAUACCAUUGGGCUGCUUCUGUUCCCGCUUUUUUGGCACUUGUAUGCAUGCCUGUGCCAUUUUUGUUCUAUAGGUAUGGAGCCCGGAUUCGCAGUGUUUGCAAGUUUGCUACCGAGGCGGACAAGAUUAUGGCGGCACUCUUGGGCCAAAUGAAUGCAGCCGCCGCCGCAAAGAAGGAUGACCCAGAGAAACAGGACGGGGUGGUGGAUAAUACGGCUCCAAUGUCUUCGAGUGACACUGAGUAA